GCGUGUCUGAGUGAGGAAGAAGCGGUGUUGUCCAAACAGCAAUCACGAAGCAUGGCUUGCGAGCAAUUUCAGCAGCAUGCUAUUAAGCAGACGGGCCUCGAUAUGUGAGAUGUCCUAAGGAUUUGUAACUUGUGGGACGGAGAGGUCCCCGUCUUGAAGAUCAACAUCACUGACAGCAGGGUGACUAUUCUGUGGAUGAUCGUCAAAUCCUCAGUGACACUGCUAAGAAGGACAGUCAUGGGUAUCCAGCUCCCCCCCGACAUCUGCUAUGGUUCCAUGGCUUUCUUCAUGUCAAUACUCCAUAAUAUCUUCCUCCUCUACCAUGUUGACAUGUUCGUUUCCGUCUACAAGAUCGACAAAUACUCCUUUUGGGUCGGCGAGGCAAUUUUCCUGGUGUGGAACUCUCUCAAUGACCCCCUAUUUGGCUGGCUCAGUGAUCGCCAGUAUUUGAAUACUUCAGCGAAAACAUCAUCACAGUAUGAAAUAGUCAUGAGAAGAUUCAAUGCUAUACAAAUCAACGGUCCACUUUUUGCGAUAUCGUUUAUUGCGUUUUGGAUCCCAUGGGCUUACCCCUGGCUACAGUUUGUGGUGUGCUUGUGUCUGUAUGAUGGCUUCCUGACCAUGCUGGACCUGCAUCAUUCCGCCCUUUUAGCCGAUUUAUCCGUUUCGGCAGAUGUCCGGACUAGUUUAAACUCAAGGUGCUCAAUUUUUUCUGCCAUGGGAUCAGCAUCUGUGUUUUUGUCCUACGCUUUUUGGAAUAAGGAUAAUUUGUCAUCUUUUCGGACUUUCUGUUUUAUACUCGCUUGUGUCUCAUUUGUGGGAUUUUUGUUAAGCUCAAGUCUACUUAAAAACUAUUACAUAAAAAAGCACAAGGAGGAAGAUGAAGAGGUCACAUCAAAGGAAACCAAAGAUCUUGACCUUCCUGGAGGUGCACCCACCAAGUCCUUUAUAUCACAGCUACUCUCACAGAAAAACUUUUUAUGGUUCGCUGCAAUGAAUUUGAUACAGGUUUUUCACUGUCACUUCAACAGCAACUUCUUCCCCCUGUUCCUGGAGAACCUGCUGGGAGAUGCCAUCAGCCCUAGCACCGGCUCCUUUCUUAUAGGUAUCUCAUUUGUAGCGCCACACAUCAACAACCUCUACUUCCUUCAGCUGUGUCGGAGGUUUGGUGUGUACUCGGUCAUCAACUUCCUGUUUGUCGUGAAGCUGACACUGAGUAUCAUCAUGUUGGUGGUGGGGCCGUCACAGAUAUGGCUGUUGUGCAUCUAUAUUGCAAGUAACCGGGUGUUCACCGAGGGCACCUGUCGGCUGCUGAACCUGGUGAUUAGUGACCUGGUAGAUGAGGACUAUGUCAUCCACAGUCGACGCCAGCCGGUUGCAGCGCUCAUGUUCGGUACAGCUGCACUGGUGUCCAAGCCAGGACAGACGUUGGCCCCUCUUAUAGGAACGUGGAUACUCAGUUUGCAGACAGGUCAUGACAUAUUCCAGUCAGGCAAUGAGGCAGGUUCCAUCAAGCUGAGUUACCACGACAUGGACACGGGAACCCGGGCCCUUCAUCGCCAGGGCUGCUUCCAGCUCCUUGUCUACGUCCCCAUCAUCUGUGCAGCAUCCCAGCUGCUUGUGUGGACACAGUUCUCACUCCAUGGACGCCGUCUUGCGCAGAUCAAGUCACUCAGAGAAGGAGGAUAUAGUGGCUCCCAUGUGUAGAUCAAGUGUUCAUUGGGUAGAAGGAGCGUUCAAUGUGUAGAGGGAGCGUCCAGUGUUAAAAGGGAGCGUCCAGUGUUAGGAGGGAGCGUCCAGUGUUAGGAGGGAGCGUCCAGUGUUUGGAGGGAGCGUCCAGUGUUAGGAGUGAGCGUCCAGUGUUAGGAGGGAGCGUCCAGUGUUAGGAGUGAGCGUCCAGUGUUAGGAGUGAGCGUCCAGUGUUUGGAGGGAGUGUCCGUUGCCUAAUACCCUUGAAGAAGACUCGUCCCAUUCACAUGAUACAGAUCGAAAUCUUCAAAAAUACAAACCUAUCCAUAUGCUUGUACAACUUCACCUACCUUGGACAAAGAUCCUUCCUUGUAAUGUUAUGCCUAUGUUCUUUUCACCUGAAAAUCAAACCAUGUGACAGGGGCAUCCCCUGAACCUGACCAAAUCUCACAAAAGUCCCAAAUGCUUGUGAACAUUACCCGAGCCAUUUCAGAAAUAUCCAAUUCUAUUUGUUGUAGUGGUUCCACCAAGUUGACUAUUUUUAUGCUAUACCUUCUCAUGCUUAGGUGGAAGUCAGUAAAAUGACAGAGACAGGAGUUGCUCUUCUAGUGUUUUCGAAGGGAGAAGAAUUGUGAUGUAAUAUAGAGAAUGUUCUAUGCCUAUGUUUGUGAGCAUAUUAGGGCAGUGUAUAUCCGUGAAGAUGAAAUCGUAACCAGUGUUUGAAAUAUGCAUGGUCAUAGGUCCUUGACAUGAUCCAACUGAGAAGAUUACGGGGUCCUGAGAUGAACCAGCAAUAGCCUCAAACCUCAAGGACUUGGUGAUCCUCAUAAUUUGGAACACUUGUGUCGUAUGUUUAUUCGUACAGAGCAGGAUCAUUGCUGUUGGUCUCGGCAAUAUUCAGAGAAAAGUUGUCAUGCAUCAAGGAAUUAUCAGUGAUCUCUUCCCGCAGGACUACGUCCCGAGUCAUGUGACCCUCAAUCAGUUGACUGUGUGGGAUAUCUGUGAUAGAAGCCUUCAGUCCAGGAAACACAUUUUAGUCGAGAAACAUGGGAGAUUUUAAUGUUAAAAUAUGGUGAAAGAUUUAUCUGUCUGAAUCUGUUAUUUGUUUGUAUGUUUUCUGGACAGGGAUAUAUAUGUUGGUACCCACAAAUACUACUGGACAGUUGGUGUACAUUAUCUUGCCAGAUGCCCUGUUGAAGCCUUGAGGAAAGCAAGUCACAUUAAACUCACAUCUUCUACUCUGAGCUGAUACCAACCUCUCUGUGAAGAUCUGACAACCUUUCCUUGUAGGUCACGUCAAGUGAACCUCAACCAGUCAGCGUUGAGGCUGGUAAAUUCUUGGUACAAUUGUAGGAAUGAUUCUGACUGGCAUUUCUGUUUUCUUUAUCUCAAAAACGAACUGAAAAGGCCAGUUCCAUAUGUAAAUAAUUAAGGCUGUGCCUUUUUAUUGCUGUGGCUAUGCGCCCUGUUGUUUCAGAGAACCAUUGCAUCAAAAUCAAAACUGGACUGCUGUCAAAGGAAUAUUUGUAUUCUGUGUGGGUUUGACUUUGUCAUCUAAUCAAUUUCUGAAUUGAUGUGGUAAAGAAAUAAAGAUGCUACUUUUCAGGAAGCUGACAGCUAAUUGGCUCAAGUACCCACACAUUCUCAUUUAGAUUGACUCAAGUACCCACACAUUAUUGAUUCUCAUUUUGAUUGGGCGCUCAAAGUUCGCUCUCUGUUCACCUGACUCGACCUGCUAUGGCAGGGGUUGUCAGAUCUUAAUGCAGAGAGAUAUCGUAUCAGAGUAAACCAUCUCAUGUUGGCAGAAAGCAAUAUAGAAGCCAUGUUAACUGAGCCAGUGUUGAAAUGUUUCUGAGACAGCACUACUGGGCUGCAGCGUGACUUGACAUUGUGUCAGUGAAUUUCAUUAGGUUAGUAUUACGACCAUGUUCAUACUGACAAAUGCAUUUCAUGCCCAUCUCCUGGAUUUUUCAUAGUAUGAUGAUGAAGAGCCUUACCUUUAGUGCCCUAGAUGUUGUGUGUACCUGUGUACGUGGUGCAGUACAAGGGAGACAACUCUAAAUCCACAUCUUGUAGUGUUCCUUUAUAGGAAAUUUCCGAAUGUUCAUUCUUGAAGACCCUUGAAAUAUCCACAUUGUAACAAGGUAAAGAUACCUUCCUCUAAUUCUUAAGUAUUAAUUGUUAAGAAUAUUUGUUAAGAAUAUUUGUUAUGUUGUGAAAUAUGUUUCAUUUCUAAUGAUGUUAAUUUGUCUUUGGUGGUUCGAAUGACUGAAUUUGAUACAUGCAUAAAAUGAUUGUGAUUAGCAGUGAAUUCCAAAGUCCUCAUCGUGAUGUGGAAUGUGUGUGUUUCCUUGGUGUUUUUGUUAAUACUGUUCCUAUACCAAAGACCGAGGGCACUAUCCGCAAAGGGUUUGUAGCACUACGGUUUUCAUAAACCUAUGAUGAACUAUAUAGUUACGAUAGCUUGUAACGCUACGAACACUUUGUGGACCCUGGAAAACAGAUGACUCAUCAGCUUUAUGUGAGGAUGAGGCCCUUCCCUCUACCCUCUAAAAUUGAUGUGUUAAAGUCAUGUGAACUCUCUUCAUAAUGUUACUUACUAAUGCUCCAAAAGACGGGUAUGAGGGAUGUAUUUGUCCCACAGGAUCUGCAUAAUUAUUCAGAGCAAACUUUUUAGAAUUUUUUUAUAAAAGUUAUCAGAUGUAUUCAGAGAAAUGAGAAUCAGACUUUUUGUCUCUUCAACAUUGGUAUGUUUUAGACUGGAAACAUCAUCAAAUGUGGAGUAAGACUAAAAUGUGUCAUAAAGGCUGAUUUUCAGGAAGUGUCUCUCUAACAUUUGAACAUGAGUGGGUCUUUGACCUAAGUUGAUUUUCAUAAAAUAUGUUGAUGAAGACAGUCCAAACCUUUGGUAAAAAUAUCAUCUUGGGUCACAGACUUCCUCACAGUAAAACAAAUAGCCAUUCUUAUGUAUUUGAACAUGUCAAAAGUCCAAAACCUGAACAUGUAAGAAAAAAAGGCUUGUUGUCAGUCUUUUGACCAUGUUGCAUAAUUUUCAUACCAAUAGUUCAAAGUUUUCUGUAACUUUCAAAUUGACAUUUUCAGUGAGCCUUUGUCAUUCGAAACAGUACAAUUAGAUACCUCGUCCUUUAAAAGGGAACACUUGACACCUCGUCCUCUUCUCUGUCCUUUGUUGAUGGCCAUGUCAUUGUCUUGAUACACAUUAUUUAUUUGUUCUGUGGCCUUCUGCUUCUGUGAUCAAAGGUCAGCUGACAAUCAAAUUGUGUCACCCUCUGAGAAAGGGGAGAACCUGUAGGUUAUAUUUUUAUAUGGAGAUUGAUGUCUGUCAGAUGAUUUAUAAAAUGACAAUGUUAUUUUGCUGGUAUCUGUCUCACAAGUUCCAAUGAUGCAUGGUUUCCACCUUUGUUGAGUCAAAUGAAGGACAUUUAUGAGAUCUCAAAAUAUUGCCACAUAUUUGUUCAAUCAGAUAGUCAGUAUACGUCCUUACAACAAAAGAACAGAUUACAAAAUGCCUCAAAAUAAAAAAAAUCACAUGUACCGUGUUCGACGUAAUAAGCGCCCAGGGCGCUCUCAAAAUUAGAAAUAGGGGGCUCUUAUUAGAAUAUUAUUUUGGUGAAAAACAACAGAGUUGAAAGAUAAAUUAAGGGUGCAUAUAACACACGAGUGCGUAUUAUUCGCGAAUAAAUAAGUCUUGUGUACAUUGAUCAAUCAGAAGGGGUGCUAAUUGGGAUUGUUCAAUAUAUUAGCAAAUAUCGCCGUGGGCGCUUAUUAGAGCGGGGCGCUUAUUACGUCGAAUACGGUAUAAUAAACAAUUUUUCAUGGAUUUGCAGGCUAUGUAUAUAGAACUGUUUUCACCUUAAACAGGACACUGAGUAGUUGGAGCUGGUGAGUUUGAUCUGCAUCAGAGAGAUGAUUUAUCUAGGAUUCUAAACUUCAGACCCUUGGCAGGCAAAUUUGGAAUAAAAAUCAUUAUUUUGUUCAAAGAUAUAUUUUUUGAUUAGGAAGUAUAUUAACAUUGCAUUCAGUGCAAUAAUGUGAGACUAAGCAUUAAAACUUCUACCGCUUUAUAAGGUUUUCAGUGAUAUACAAAUCACAUGAACAUGAUGAAUUCGGUGAUAAAGGGUGAUAGAGCAACAGUGUCUACUCACCUGUAAGGUCAGGAAAGGACUUGUUUGUUCUGCUGCUAUCUCUCACAGCUGUACCCGAGCAAUACGAUAUUGAUGUACUGCAGCAAGUCUUUCCAUGAUACAACGCUUUCCUUAUUGGUAAUGAUAACAAUUUAUAGGUAGAAAUAAUCUCUGUACAGGUGUGUGUUCAUUAACUUGAAUCAGUUCAUGCAUCUAACUUCUAAUAGUUGUGACUGUUGAUAUGUGUGAAGCAUCUAUUAAUGUGAAAUAUGUAAGUAUGGCCUGACCAAUAUAUUUGCUGUACAGAUUUCUUUGUCAAUAUGCUAUUUAGAAAUAUAUUGCAGGGAUGAUUAGAGGUUUAUUUCCCAAAUAAUAUAUGGAAAUAAAAAAAAAUAUACAAGCAAAUAAAUUGCAUAUUUUCAACAAAAUAAAGCAUUUUUUACUCUUUGACUUAGAAAAUAUAUAACUGGAGAUUUAAGCCCAGGAACUGUAAAAUCAAGAAAUGAUCAUUGGUUGACGAGUGUAUGGUAGGGAGAAGAGAUGUACAAGUGUUGUUCCUGAGACUGGGGGACCAGUCGUGCCAUGCUGGUCAUCAUGACAGAGAUGCAACUUUACCUGAUACAAUCACCCCAUAGGAUAGCUUUAACAGUAGACAAAAUGACUUGUGUCAGCAGACAACUGCCUACUGUACAUAUUUGUUCUUGUAUGUAGGUGAGUUGAUGAAGGUGUGAGAUGAAUAAUGCGUUGAUACAUACACUUGAACCUCUUUACCUCCAACUCUGAUGGGGGGCACGGGUGGCCCAGUCGUCUAAGGCGCCGCGAUUCGCUGUGCAGAGUUGCGUCCCUUGGGCACGCCAGAAACCUAUGAUUGUGGGUUUGAAUCCCGGUUCACCCCGAUUAUGUUUCUAGGUUUGUCAGCACCAUACCCGUGCUCGUGGGUUUCACCGAAGUGGUAAACGUCUGAGACCUGCAUCACUUCGGGCUUUCCUCCCACAUUAAGCUGACACGCCAUGAUAUAACUGGAAUACUGUUAAAAGCGGCGUUAAACCCAACUCACUCACUCACUCACUCCAACUCUGAUGUAUCAAACACUGUUACUGUAUUUUCAACAGUAGAAACCCUGUUCACUGAGAUAUAUCAGCGUCCUGACCCUGUGUAGGUGUAGGUGAGUUGAUAAAGGUGUGAGAUGAAUAAUGUGUUGAUACAGACACUUGAACCUCUUUACCUCCACCUCUGAUGUAUCAAACUCUGUUACUGUAUUUUCAACAGUAGAAACCUGUUCACUGAGAUAUAUCAGUGUCCUGACCCUGUGUAGGUGUAGGUGAGUGGAUGGAGGUGUGAGAUGAAUAAUGCGUUGAUACAUACACUUGAACCUCUUUACCUCCACCUCUGAUGUAUCAAACUCUGUUACUGUAUUUUCAACAGUAGAAACCUGUUCACUGAGAUAUAUCAGUGUCCUGACCCUGUGUAGGUGUAGGUGAGUGGAUGGAGGUGUGAGAUGAAUAAUGCGUUGAUACAUACACUUGAACCUCUUUAACUCCAACUCUGAUGUAUCAAACUCUGUUACUGUAUUUUCAACAGUAGAAACCUGUUCACUGAGAUAUAUCAGUGUCCUGACCCUGUGUAGGUGUAGGUGAGUGGAUGGAGGUGUGAGAUGAAUAAUGCGUUGAUACAUACACUUGAACCUCUUUACCUCCACCUCUGAUGUAUCAAACUCUGUUACUGUAUUUUCAACAGUAGAAACCUGUUCACUGAGAUAUAUCAGUGUCCUGACCCUGUUAGUUCAGCUAGCAUAUAUGCCGACCAGACAAUCAACAGGGACCAUAAUUCUGUAUGUACCCCCAAAUAUAUUUUCAGGGCUGACACACCAUAUACUUUCCCUGUUUUGUGGACAUGAAGUGUCUGUGUGGGAGGUGGGUAGCCCAGGUGUUAAAGCGUUUGCUUUCCAUACUGAAAUCCCAUGUUUGAUUCCCUACAUGGGUGCAAUGUGUUAUGCCCCUCUGAGGUGUCCCCCACAGUGAUAUUGUCGGAAUAUGACUAAAAGCAGCAUUAAAUCUAACUCUCACUUGCCAUGUUAUGUUCAUAAGUUUGCCUUAUUUUUCAUUAUACCUGUAUCACAAGUUUCAGUUUGCAGAACUCUUGUGAUUUUAUUAAGAUUACUGUUUUCGGAGGCAUAUGGGUAGCAAAGAGUUUUUGAGGGGUUAAGGAAUUCAUUCUUCAUACCAAAGACCAGGGUUCGAUUCACAAUGUUGGUGCAAUGUGUGAAGUCCAUGUUUGUGUUUUGCUCCCCAGCUGCACUGUGAUAUUGCUGGAAUAUUGAUAAAAGCAGCAUACCCACUGGUCUUAAGUCAAGCUGCUCACAUAUGAGCUUUAAAUGCUGAUUGGCAUCACCUCAUCUAAUUUUCACAGUCUGUUUUUGGAGAUGCCAGUUUUCAAGGUCAUUGGCACCCUCAGGUUGAUGGUAACAAGGCUCGACUGUAUUUCAGAUUUUUAAUUAAUCUCCCUGAUCCAACUGUUGACAUUGUUUUGAUAUGCUUCUACUGAACAGUUUAUUCUUUAUAUCGUCCUAUUUUCAGGAUUUAUAGAAGAAUAUAUUUUUGUUGUUGAUUCAUAUUUAUUUUAUUACACAUGUGCAUGGUUGUAGUGAAAGUGCAAUGCUUUUUGUACAGUACUGAAUAAUAUGUAUGUUUCUUUAGAUGAAAUUUGUGAAAUUUAUGAAUUAUUUACUAAAUUUGUUUUUAUUCAAAUGGAAGACCUACUCAAUGCAAUAUAUAUCCAUUUUGUGAACAUUCAUGCAUCCUAAAAAUGUUCAAUGUCCUAUGAAUAAUAUUUCUCAUAACUUCAUUUUACAGCAUUAAGACAUUAUAUUUAUUAAAGCGAUAUGUACAACAUGUCUCAUAUUAUGGUGACAAGGUCAUAAAUCUCUUUGAAUUUCAAUCUUUAUUCUACAAAAAAAAAGGAGACAAAAGUAACUGUGAUAAUUAUUUCACUUGUCAUUUGUGACAACUAAAAACCCCUCCACUUUCUUGUGUUAGCAUGGUUAGUAAUGGUGAAGAUGGACCCUAUCAGCUUUUGAAAAUUUUACUUAAUUUUUUUUUUUAUCCAGAUACAAAAUUUCAAAAUGGAAUCAUUCGUAGCAAAGGUUUUGUUCAUUCAACAAAUUGAAGUGUACUGAAUGGUUAGUUUCUCUCAGAAAUUGGAAAGAAACUUGAGGCGUGACUCCUUUGGGCCCGAACACUCCAUUAAAAAUAUGACCAACCUACCUUGAUGUGUCUUAACCAGUGUAAUGUUUUUUGUACAUUGUUAGAAGAUUGAUCAGUCUCAUAGACCAUAUGGUCAUGGUCAUCAUUACUGAUUUUCAGUGUCCAGUUAUCAGUACAUUUAUGUAAUCACAGUGACUUUUAAAUUUGAAUAAAGAUAUAUUAUACAUCUCAGC